GAAGGCUUUUUGAUGCUGUGUUCAAAUUGUUUAAUUUGUUUCGUAGAAUAGCAAAAUUGAAUGGAGGAAUCUUCAAGUAGCAGUGAACCUAAGCGACCUCAGUUUGGCACGAGACAUUUAUCCGAUCCGCAAAAUGUGUUUCAGCAUAAUGCCUGGUAAUAUUAUUAUGGGUUUCUUUCGUCGCUAUAAAAAAUAUGCUCAGUCCAAAAGCCCAUCCAGCUGGUACUCUUGUGUACCCAUUCGCUAUGAUCACACACGAUUCCGAAAGAAACCUGCUCUAAAGGAAAUCUGUGAUGGUAGGAUACUGAAAAAUCAAGAAGAUGUAUGGCAGCAUAAUGCUUGGGAUAAUGUUGUAUGGGAUGAAGAGCAGGUGGAAGCAGCUGAAGCUAAGUUGAAACUCAACUCUUCAUCGUUCAUGGAUGAAGAAGUUGCUCUAAAAUAUGAAAAAGAAGCCAGUCAGUUUUGGGACACUUUCUACAGCACUCACGAAAACAAAUUUUUUAAGGACAGACAUUGGCUCUUUACAGAGCUUCCAGAACUCUGCAGUGAGCAUAUGGAAAGUUCAAGUGCAACAGAAGCUAUUGAAGCAAGUGUCCCGUGUCAGAUAGCUGGAUUAAGAAUUCUAGAAGUUGGUUGUGGCACUGGAAGUACUGUGUUUCCUUUGUUAGAAGCAAACACACUGAAGAAAAGUUUUGUUUAUUGUUGUGAUUUUGCACCCAAGGCAGUUGAGCUGGUCAAGAGUAAUCCACAAUAUGACCCCUCCAGGUGUCUUGGGUUUGUAUGUGACAUUUCUGAAGAAAAUUUUAAAUUUCCGUUUCCAGAAAACAGCUUGGACGUAAUCCUUAUAAUUUUCGUACUCUCCGCCAUCAGCCCCGAGAAGUUUAGUUCAACCAUUGUGCAACUCAGUCGUCAGCUGAAACCUGGAGGACGGAUAUUUUUCCGUGAUUAUGGUCGUUACGAUAUGGCUGAGUUACGUUUCAAACCUGGUAAAUGCAUUUCGGAACAUUUUUUCGUCAGAGGCGAUGGUACAAGGGUGUACUUCUUCAGCCAGGAUGAGCUUCGAAAGCUUUUCGAAGGUGCAGGCCUUGUGGAGGAACAAAAUGUAAUCGAUAGGAGGUUACUGGUGAAUCGAGGAAAACAGUUGACUAUGUACCGUGUAUGGAUACAAUGCAAAUAUCGCAAGCCAACGUAACGGUGCAGUCGCAAUUUUUAAUAAUAAUUAUGAGAUGCAUAUUGUGUGGAGAGGUUUCAGUUUAAUAAAUGUCUUUUCCCCUUA